AUGAAACUAAUCACCAUCAUUUUCUUCUGCUCCAGGCUACUCCCAAGUUUCACCCAGGAAUCCUUCUCGAAUGAUAUUGACUGCAACAACCCGGACGUUUUUAAGGCUGUGGAUGCUGCUCUGAAGAAAUAUAACGAUCAAAACCAAAGUGGUAACCAGUUUGUAUUAUACCGAGUUACCCAGGUCACCAAGACGGAUGGUUCUGGCACAUUUUAUUCCUUCAAGUACCAGAUCAAGGAGGGUGAUUGUCCUUUUGAAAGUGGCAAAACCUGGCAGGAAUGUGACUACAAAAAAGCUGAAGGAGCUGCCACAGGAGAAUGCACAGCAAUAGUGAAGAAGAAGAAUACAAAAUUCAUCAUUUCUACCCAGACCUGCCAUAUUACUCCAGCCGAGGGCCCUGUGGAGACAGCUGAGUACAACUGCCUUGGCUGUGUGCACCCUAUAUCAACUGACAGCCCCGACCUGGAGCCUGUUUUGCAACAUGCUGUUCAGCACUUUAACAACAACACUGAGCACUCCUACCUCUUUGCUCUUCACAAAGUAAAGAGUGCCCUAAGACAGGUGGUGGCUGGAUGGAACUUUGAAAUUUCCUACUCAAUUGUGCAAACUAAUUGUUCCAAGGAGAAUUUUCUAUUCUUAACUCCUGACUGCAAGUCCCUUUUGAAUGGAGAUACUGGUGAAUGUAGAGAUUUUGCAUACAUGGAUCCUCAGCUAAGAAUUGCUUCCUUCACUCAGAACUGUGACCUUUAUCCAGCGGAGGAAUUUGUACCUCCACCUAUCAGGAUUUGCCCUGGCUGCCCUAAGGAGAUAGCCAUCGACAGCCCGGAGCUGGAGGAGGUUUUAAAUCAUUCUAUCGCAAAGCUUAAUGCAGAGAACAACGGAACUUUCUAUUUCAAGAUUGACAGCGUGAAAAACGCAACAGUACAGGUGGUAGCUGGAAAGAAAUUUUCUAUUGUGUUCAUAGCCAGGGAAACCACAUGUUCCAAGGAAAGUAAUGAAGAAUUAACCAAGAGCUGUGCAACCAAGGACGUUGGAAAAACUCUAGAAUGUAAUGCUGAAGUUCAUGUGGUACCUUGGGAGAAAAAAAUCUAUCCUACUGUCAACUGCCGAUCUAUAGUAACGGAAUCAUUGAGGAAAAGGCCUCCAGGUUUUUCACCUUUCCGAUCAGUACCAUGGAAACAGGAGGAAACAGAAGUAACAACUGUAAGUCCACCCCACACUUCCAUGGCACCUGUACAAGAUGAAGAGCGGGAUCCAGGAAAAGAACAAGGACCCACUCAUGGGCAUGGCUGGGGCCAUGAAAAGCAAAUAAAACAUGACAUUGUCCAUGGCCAUAAACAUAAACAUGACCAAGGCCAUGUCCCCCUUGGUGGUCAAGAUCAUACUGGCCAUGGACAUCAAAGGGGACAUGGCCUAGCCCAUGGACAUAAGCAUAAGCAUGGCCAUGGCCAUGGAAAACAUAGAAAUAAAGGCAAAAACCAUGGAAAGCACAAUGGUUGGAGAACAGAGCAUUUGGCAAGCUCUUCUGAAGAUAGUACUACAUCUUCUGCACAGACACAAGAGAAGACAGAAGGGCCAACACCCCCCCCUUCCCUAACCCAGCCAGGUGUAACAGUUACCUUUUCGGACUUUCAGGAUUCAGAUCUCAUUGCAACUGUGAUGCCUAAUAUACCACCACUUCCCACAGAGAAUGAUGAGGACUGGAUCCCUGACGUCCAGAUAGAACCAAAUAGCUUUUCAUUUGACCUGAUAUCUGAUUUUCCAGAAACAACCUCCCCCAACUGUCCCGGACGCCCCUGGAAGCCAGUUAAUGGGAUAAAUCCAACUGUGGAAGUGAAAGAAUUUCCUGAUUUUGAUCUCUCUGAUGCGCUUUCAUAA